UUGCCCUUCGGAGGUUUAUUCUUUUAUUGUUUGAUCUGGCGAAGCAAGCGAUACCGUGGCACGAGCAAAGACCUUAUGACAGCUGGCAACCAAGAUCGGCCAUCGCGGAAGUGUCAAAUUUGAAAUGUAGCGGAUGACAAGCUGUGAACUUGUAGCUGACAAAUAUUUAGUUUUGCACUCUUCAUGCACGUCGAUCCGCGGAUUCCGUCAGGAUGAGCGCGACGCAGGAUGAGGACGAGCAUAGAAAACGCUCGCUGGAGGCCGGCAGAGAAAUGUUGGAAAAGUAUAAAGUGAAACGAUCGAGUAAAGACAAGAGCGGAAACAUGGAGUAUGUGGAACAAUCCGAUGACGAGUCAUUGCAUAAUGAGAAGUCCAUGAUGCAUAAGGAAUCUGGCAUAACUGAAGCCAUAUCCUCAAGGGAUAUAACAUACAGCAGUGUUAGUAUAAGCGAGGGAGAGGCAGAUGCUGAUUUGGAAGGACUGGCGGGACGAGUCGCAGAAUUGGAGGAAUUAUUGCAGGGAAAAGAAGCUAUAGUUGGGACUUUAAAUGCAGAGAUUGAUCAUUUACGAGCAGAGACAUCGUCUCCAAACUCAUCGCAGAGCCGUGGCAGCAGUAUACAUGGGAGGGAUAUUAUAUCUUUGUAUCACAUAAAAUUGCAAGAGUUUGAAAAGGCAGUAAAUCAACGUGACAAUCUAAUAGAACAUUUAACGUCAUCUUUGGAACAAGCAUUAUCUGCAAGAGACACUGCAACGGCACAGCUUAAUGCUUUGAAUUCCAUGCAGUUGAACAAUCCUAUGAUAGACAACAUGAAUUUGCAACAAAAAAUUAAAGCUUUGGAAAUAACGAUGAGCGAUCAGGAAGGAAUAAUUCGUCGAUUAAAUGCGCAUUUGACGGAUAUUCGUAAACACGUACAGACAUUGGAGAUGGAGAGAGAAACACAAAACGCAGAAAUCAAUGAUUACAAAGUACAGAUAAAUAAUCUAAAUGAACAAAUUCGCCUUAGUGCCGCAGAGAAGAAUCUGAAUAUCGACGAGACGUUGGAGCAACAAAAACAGUAUGAGGCACGAGUUGAUAAAAUCAAACAGGAUAUGCAGCAUAUCUUGAAUAAAUUUACCACAGUGACAAAUACUAAUGCAAUACGCCAUCAGCAAGAGUUAAAAGAAUUAACUUUGAAAAACGAGGCUGAAAUUACGAAUACAAAAAUCAAGCACGAAGAGUGCAUGAAAAUAUUGAAGAACGAAAACAAAAUGUUCGCCGAUCGUUUAAAUAAGGAAUUACCGGAUUUAGAGAGCAGACACGCCAAGGAAUUGUCCGUCUUUCAAACGCAGUUAUCUCACUACAAGAAAACUGUCGAGGCGCUAAAACUCGAAUUGGUAAAUCAUGCAGAGUCGCAGAAGAUUGCUCAAUCAGAAGUUCACCUGUACAAAGUGAAACUUGACGAAUUAAAAUUUGAAGCAGAAAACGAACGGCGUAUGCAAAAUCUGCAUUUUCAGAAAGAGAAGGAGUUGUUGAAUGAGCAGAUCAAAUUGCACAAAAUUCAACUGGAGGAAAUGACGUCGAAGCACAUCGCUUCGAUGAGUAUCUUAGAGUCUAAGGAGAGUAUUGAACGAUCAUUGGAGCAAGCUUUGUCGAAUGCUGCUACAUUAAAACAGGAGAACGAUACGCUGAAAUUUAAGCUGGACGAUUUAUCAUGCAGAUAUUCCACGGCACAAUCGAUUAUCGAAAACAGUCAAGUGCACGAUAGGACUCUGAGCGGUAGACUAUACAUUGGAGAUUUGGAGAAGUCUUUAUCUCGAUUGGAUGCUACAAGUGUAAGCACAGUCAGUGAAUUAGGAGAAACCAUGUAUAAGACUUUCGACGAGGAAGUUGUUCAGCAUCAGCUGAUAAAGCGAAAGCUCGAGGAGAAGAUGGAGAUAGAACAGCUAUUAGUCGAGAAAGUUUGUGUUCUUGAGACAGAUUUGGCCAAAGCGAACAAUAAAUUGGAAGAAGCCGAUAUCGCAAAGAAAACAUACGAGAAGCAACUCAAGGAUAUGAAAAAUACGUGUGACAAAUUUCAACAGGAAGUCAUUUCGUUGAGAGAAUUCAGUCAUGCAACAUCUAGUGAUGCUUCCAUUCAGAAUUCUUCGAAAAGUAUUCUGGUGAAUAUCGAGAGCGAUUCAGCUCGGCGAAUAGAAGAGCAACAACGGGAAAUAGAGAGCUUGAAGCUACUAAUGGAGGAGAAAGAGGCAGAGAAUGCGAGAUAUAGGAAAGAUUUGGCUGAAAUGACGGAAAGAACACAGCAGAUAGAAAUGCAGUGCCAGCAAUUGACGAAUGGCUUAGCUCAUGCGUGGACACAGUGCGCCGAAUUUGAAGAAAGAUUGAAUCAGACUUUGGGGUUGAGCGAUAGCAGUAAAAUGAAUAUCUCCUUGAAUAGCACGAUUUCGUCCAAGCACUUGAAAGAAAAUCAGAACUUGGAUGAUAGUAUAUUAAAUCAAAAUACAGCAAGCCAGAAGAAACUUUUGGAAUCGAAUAUUGCCGACACAUUAAUAGAUGCAAAAAACAAUUAUCUGAAGAACAAUGAAAACUUAUAUGAAGAGUUACAACAAAUUUUAGAGAACAAGCCGAAUUUGGACGAAGUUAAAUUAAAAUUAUCUCAUUAUUAUGCACUGUGUGAGAAAAUAGUCAUCGUUAAGGCGCAAUCCUCGAGGGAGAAUGUCACUUUGCCACAGAAUAGCGAAGACUCGUUGCAAAAGUCUUUGGAAAAUUUGUGGACAGAGAAGGAAAAGCUAAGCCAGGAAAUCGAGGAGAUGAUGAAUCGACGUAAAGCAGAACUGGAAUAUGUUAAAGCGGAUUCUGCCAAAGAAAUCAGUAGACUGCGUUCGUUGCUGCAGAAUUUCAAGGAUGGUAAUGCAAGUCUAAAUGAUCUGAAGACUGAGCUCGAAGCACGCCAUGCCAAAGAGAUGGAAGAACUAAGGACAUACUUCGAGCUGAAAUGCUUGCAAAUGGAAAAACAGUAUUCUGAGGAAGUCUUUAGUCAACAGUCGAAACGAAUUUCCGACGAUAGCGAAACCGAGGAGCUGACAGACGAUUUGUAUUUUGGUGGUGCCGGAGAUUGUUUGAACGUGUCAAACUCCCGAGCAGCAACACCUAGUGCCAUCGAGGAAUCUCUGAGAAGCAAGAUUCUGGAUGCUGAAAACCAAGCACGUCUUGAGACGGAAUAUGAGGGUAGCAUCCAAGCGUUGCAAAAGGAAUUAGAACUCAAAAUGAAUGAAAUUCAGAAUGUCAAGGCUGAUUAUGAGAAAACGCUCGAAGAACAGAAAGAAUUAUAUGAGUGUCAAAUUCGCGAUAUCGAGGCAAAAUUGGAGCAUGCAUUGAUUGUACCUACUGUGCACCAGUAUUGUCAGACAGAAUUGGAAGUAUUGGAAAAUGGUGAAUUGUCGAAUCUGCGUGAUGCAUAUAAUCAUCAAUUAGAAGAGCAGAUUGCGUUAGCUAGACAAGACAUUGUCAACGCUCUUCAAGAACAAUUUCAGGUACUAUUAUCGGUGGAAACAGACAAAGAAGAUAAUUGGCCAGCCGAAUUAUUAGAACUGAGAGAUAAAUUCACAUCCAACGCUAAACAAGAAAUCCAGGAGUUGAAAAAAGUACAUGCCACUGAAUUAGUUCGUUUGAAGGAUGAACAAAGUUGCAUUGUAACACGAAUGUUUGAGCAACAUCAAAAGGAAAUUACUAGUCUUAAAACGAAUACUGAUGACAAGCAAGAAAUUAGUCGUGUCGGAACUUUAGAAAAUAUCAUGGAAGAAAGGGACAAUCUGUGGAAGGCAUGUGUAACUCUUAAGAAUCUAAUUGGAGAAUUAGUUAACUAUUUCUCUGUUUGUGAAGAAGAAGUUAAUAAUACUCUGAUCAAUGAAGUUUUAAAAAGACAAUUGUCAGAGUCCGCUUUUACCGAUGAAGAGAAUUUAAAUAAGAGUAACAACACCGUUUUAUCUGAAACGCCGCAUAAGGAUCCAUCAAAUCAACGAAUUAAGAAAGUCCAUUUUGCUCCGCAAUCCACAAAAAUAGCUUCCAUCAUUAACAGCGACAACAAAAUGUUGCAGAGUUUAGUUGAUGAAGACACAGACGAAAUAUUAAAAAAAGAGCUGAAAGCUUGUUUAAGACGCUUGAAGUCUGAUAGCACACAAGUCCUCAAUCUGUCGAUGUCUGAGGGUGAGAAUAAGAUCGCAUUGUCGUCAAAUGAUGAUCUCUUAGCAAGCAAAAUUAAUGAAAUUAAUGAAGAGCUCUCCUUGAAACUGAAUCAUGCUGAGGCUUUGAUCAUAAAUUACCAAGAAGAAGUAGAACAAUUAAAAGUACAUAUUUUGGAACUUCAGCGAAAGUUGAUUAGCGUGGAAAGCAAAAAAGAAAUCAUCACGGAAGGAUAUGGCGAAAGCGAUCUUUCUAGGGGCGAUAUUGUGUUGCAAGAUUUUUCGCAAAUACAAGAAAAAGCUAGACAUGUAUUAUCUAAUGGUGGUGGCGACAUAUCUUAUUUGCUGCAAUUAAUAGAAGAGCUAUGUAGGCAAAAUGAUAAACUAAUAGAUGACGCUAGGAAAGAGAGGGAAGAUUUACAACAACAGCAGGUACCUUUAGAACCUACUCCUACCCCAUACAUUCACAGGGUUUGCUGCAAAAAGAUUGAGGCAGCGGACAAGCAGUUACGAGCAACUCGUCGGUUUCUGGAUGAACAAGCGAGCGAGCGCGAAAUGGAACGAGAUGAAGCUGCGAAACAAAUUCGCUUUUUGCAAGAACAGCUCAAGGAACGCGAGCGCGACAAAGAAAGAGAUAUGCGUAUUACUUCCGAGCAGUCUGAGCUAUCAUCUGAAAGAACAGACAUCCCUGAGCUUCAAACGACUGACAUCAAUGCAGCUGUGGAGGCUCUCGAAUCUCAAAUGAGAGAGAUGUCGUCAUUAAUGUCCGACACCGAGGCGAAGAAGUCGGAAAAGGAGAGUGAAUUGAGGGCUGCAGUGGACAAAAUAUGGGUUUUACGAGACAUCAUUGCUGACUUGGAGCAGCAGUUACAAGCCAAGAUUGAAAGAGAAGAGUCCUUGCAAAUGCAAAUUAAUCAAUUGGAAACGGUGAUAACCGCGCAAACGAAGAAUCAACAAGAACUAGUUCAAGAGCUGGAUGCUAUUAAAUCUGGUAGUGAGAACAGGCAUCUGAACGAACAAAUUAAUCAUUUGCAAGAGGAAUUGAAUAAACACAAGUUAAGUUCAGAACACUUCAACGUUAAUUCGUCUGUCUUGAAGCAAAUGAAAACAGAAUUGCAUGAGAUGCAAAAUCAGUUAGACAAGAGAAUUCGAGAGAUGGAAUCUGCGCACAUGUGUGGUUCCAAUUUAAGUUUGAGCCAGCCGAGCGAAGACGUAUCGAUCAGAGAGCAAAUCGAUGCGACGAGAUGUUUAACACCGGAUGAUCCGUCCUUGCCGCCGAUGCUACCACUGGAUCAAGUACUCAAGCUGAAAGAUAAAAUGCUAAAGCACGCACGUGCGGAGGAAGUAGCGUUCAAGAGGAUCAAGGAUCUGGAGAUGCAAUUGACAACGAUGAAAAAUCAGAAUGAGGAAUUAUUAACAGAACAAGAGAUCUUGCACCAGACCGCAUCCGAGCAAUUGUUCCAAAUUGAAACAAUGCGUGGUCGCUUGGAGCAGCACAAACAGAGCGCACCUUUCGCUCAGAAGCAAGCGACGUCUCGUUUAGAGUUGCAAUUACACGAAGCUACCACGAAAUAUCAUUCCCUGGAACAGAUCAUUACUAAUAAAGAGAUAGAAUUGAAAGAGCUGAAAGCCCAACUUGAAAGGACUAAUCAGAUGUUGGCAGAGAAGGAAGCAGAAAUGGAAAAUUUUGUUCAAUCGGAAAAUGGCGCACUGCAAAAAAUCGAGCGGCUAAAAGAUCAAUUAAAGCUCGUUCAAGAGGAAAAAAAAAUGCUACAAAUAAAACUUGGAACGCAGGAGCAUACUCAAUUAGAAUUGCCGCAGUUAAUUGAUACCAUAUUGGCUGAUAAGAACGAGGAGAUCGAUCAUUUAAAGGAGCAACUCUCUAAAAGGGAGAAACAAUUGAAUGUCUAUUCAUCACUCGCUUUGGACGAUGUGCAGCUGCGGGAACUAACAAAGCAAGCGGAGGCCAAGAACAGCGCGCGAACGUUGAGCGACAUUCUCUCCAUUCAUUCGGAAUGUGAAGAAUUCCCUGAAGCUACUCGAGCACCUAAUAUGACAUUUACAACAUCGCACAAUAUCUCUAGUUUCAAAGUUCCUACGUCCUCGUCGAAGAAUACGUUACGGAUGAACAGUUUCAACACUUUAGAAACACCUUUGCUCGAUGUGGAUAAGAUAGACGCGCAAGUACCACCGUUAGAUUUGCAUUCCAAUACACAUAGUUACAGCAACGGAAAUGUUGGUCACUCGGGAAUGGAAUUGCAUCGUUCCGGAGAGGAGUCAAAAUUAUCAUCUCCCAAAAACAAUGAUAUCAGUGAGGACUCUCAGCGAGCCGAGGAAUUACUCAAUGAGAAAGUGAAGGAAAUCGAAAAUUUAUCAAAUCAACUGCAAGUUCUGCAACAAGAACUAGAUUUAAAAUCUGAUUUUUUGAACAAGUACGAAAUGGAAUUGGUCACCUUGCAGAAACAGUAUCAAAACUUGCAAGAUGAGUUCAAGGAAACUGUCGAAAAUUUGGUGCGGGAUAAAAAUUUCUAUAGAGGACAAUAUGAGCUGGCCCAGGCGUCGGAAAGUAAAAUAAAGAAAGAUCUGGAGGAAGUAGAAAACAUUCUGAAACUGAAGUCGGAGGAGCUCGAAGAUCAAAAAGAUAGAAUGCAGGUGAAUGAAAGGAUCAUUACAGAAUUAAAUGCAGAGAACACAAAAUUGAAGAGAGAAAUCGAAGAUAGAGAGAAGGAUCAGAUGAAAAGAAACAACUCUUUGCAGGAUAUGACACAAGAAUUGCAAAGAUUCAAGGAACUUGUCCUGGAUAAAGAUAUCGCAUUGGAGACUCUUCAGACGCGCAAUAUUGAGAUCGAUAACGAGAACAAGCAACUAUACGAAUUUAAGACAAAGGUUCACGCGCGCGAGCGAGAAAUCGCCGAGUUGCAGGACGAGAUCCUACGAUUGACGGAUGGUUUGAAUAAUCGGGAUCAGGUAAUCCGCAAGUUGGAAGAGAUGGCAAGACGAAUGAGUGACGUUCAGUCGGGAACUUCCUCGCCAUCAUCUUCUAGCAACAAGGACCAAGAGAUCCAUCAUUUGCAGGAGUUCCUGAAGGAAAAAGACAAGGUAAUCAGGCAGAUGAGCGAUGAUAGUAAGAGUCUGCAUCGAGCACUGGAGACUAUUCAAAACAAAAUGAAGGAAUCGGGUAAUAUUGUAGAAUUGAGAAGGAAAUUGAAGGAAGAACGCAGGCUGAAUGAGGAAUUGAGGGAUAUGGUGCAGAGCUUGCAAAAGGAAUUGGAGCUGAAGGAUGCUUCUGUGCGACGUUCACAGGACGAUAGUGAUAUCGAAGAUAUGGUCCAGCGAGAACUGAAUCUUUCCGCACGAUUGGAUAAACAAAUUAUGCAGGUAAUUAAGGACGACGAGGUUGUGGAUGGAGUAGUAACGGAGGAUUAUCAUCAAAGAAAUAAUAUAGUACGCAAGGACAACGAGUUAUUGAAGAAACUAAAAGAUGACUUAGAAGUCGAACGAGAUAUAAUGAGACAUCAGAUCGCUGAGUACGAGGAUCGUAUUCUGCAACUGAAGGCGGAUUUGACGGAAGAGACGAAGAAGGCGGUUAAGCUGAAUAAGGAACUUCUUUCAGAAAGAGACGUGGUGAAGUUCUUGAGGAUGGAGAUAGAGGAACAUCGUCGGAUGGCGGAAGUAGGGCGAAUACAGGACACUGAGUUGAUCGAAUUCCUGCAAACAAAGUUGAAAGCCUCUCUGGAUAACGAGGAGAAGCUUCGUAAUGAUCUAGCGUCGAUGAGACAACAGCAGAUUAAUUUGGAUUCACAAUUGACGUCCAUGAGAAAAUCGAUAGAAAUUGAAAACAUCAGUAGAAGCUUGUCAAAUUUUGCUGCAACCACGCAAAAUGAAUCGGAGAAAACGAGCGAAAAUCUUGAAGAAAGUCGAAAGCACAAUGCGCAACUAAGGGAGAAUAUAAAGAAACUAGAGAAUGAGAUGAGUAAGUACGAGAAACAGUUAGAGAUCGCAACGGAGGAACAAGAAAGACUAAUCAGCAGUCUGGCAUUAACCAAUGGACUGAAAGAAAUCCUAGAGGCAGAUCUGCGAAGAACUGCAGAGGAGUUGAAAGCACGAGAAGAACACUGUAAUUAUUUGCAAGAGCAGGUGAAGAUGUUGACUGAAAAUAUGAAGCAAGAUCAACGAGAUGCUGAACUGGAUGAGAUCAAAGAAUUGCGCAGAGAGAUCAACAACGCUCGAGAAAUCAGAAUAGAGCUGGAGACUGAUAUAAAUCGUGCGAGGCAAGAAUUAAAGGAAUCCUCAAGUCAAGAGCAGAAGCUUAUGCGCAUAGUAGAUUCCUUGAAAGAGCGAGAGACGGACCUCUGUAUGAGACUAGCAAUUUCAAAAGAAAGAGAGAGGAAAUUCAAAGAUUUAAUUGAAAAUGCCAAAGAUGUCCCCACGAAUUUUAUGCAGAAAAUUAAGGAAUUAAGCGAGACAGUUGAGAAAUAUGCUAUUGAGAACAGUAAUCUCGAGGAUAAAAUCGGCAGAAUGAGGACAGAUAGGGAACUAUCGAUGCAACGUAUAAAGUUGCUCGAGGGGCAGCUGAAAAAACUGAAAAAUACACAGGCUUCGAACCAGCAGACAAUUCCUAUCGAAAGGUUACAAAACUUCUAUGGCAAAUAUUUACGAGUGGAAAGUAGACGGAAAGCGUUGGCUUAUCAGAAGAAGUACCUAUUAUGUAUUGUCGGCAGCUAUCAGUAUUGCGAGGAAAACACGUUAUGCGUGCUUGCGCAAUUGACUCAAGAUCAACGCUCUUACGCGCGAUUGUCUCACAACAGGAAGGUGCGUUUCAGGAUCGCCGUGUUUGCUAUAAUCAGUAUACAUAGGAUGAAGUGGUUGAUUCAACGCUGGCGAACGGGGAAACGCGUGGGUGCUAAUGCUAUCAUGGGUAGUGUCGAUCAAUUGAUUGAUUUGCCGCCUGUCCGGAAAACACCAUCAAAUCAUUCUCCACCCGUGAGAGAAAGGGCGACAAAUGGAGGUAGCAGUUUUAUGCUUGGGCAGUAUUACCAAGAAGUAAGAAAUUUCCAAGAGACACUUGGCGCAGUUAUGGCAGAGUCUGGUACUAGUCAUAUUAUCUCAGAAUAACAUUAUAUGUAUAUUUUUAGAAUUUGUAGAAAUUUAGC